AUGGAUGAGGCGUUUAUGGGAAACUCAAAUGCUGACAGUGUUGUAAACUACAAACUGCAGAAUCACAUCAGAGCAAGAUUCUUGCGCUUUUCUCCUCUGGACUGGAAUCCCAAUGGCAAAAUAGGAAUGCGAAUAGAAGUGUAUGGAUGCACAUACAAGUCUGAUGUGGUACAUCUUGAUGGAAAGAGUUCCCUUUUGUAUCGAUUUCAGCAAAAGUCAAUGAGUACUACAAAAGAUGUUAUUUCACUCAAAUUUAAGACAAUGGAAAGUGAUGGCGUUCUAAUCCAUGGAGAGGGACAAAACGGAGACCGUAUCACUCUAGAGCUCAUUAAAGGGAGGCUUGCCUUAAUUUUCCAUAUAGGAAAUGCACAAUUUCUUCCAUCCAAUCCACAUGUUAAUGUCUCGCUGGGAAGUCUAUUAGAUGAUCAGCAAUGGCAUACAGUUGUCAUAGAACGUUAUAGCAGACAAGUCAAUUUUACUGUUGACAGACAUGUGCAUCAUUUCUUCAUGAAGGGAGAUGCCUACCAUUUGGACAUUGAUUAUGAGCUUAGCUUUGGAGGGAUCCCGUUACAAGGAAAGUCAUCAACAUUACUACAAAGAAAUUUUCAUGGCUGCUUUGAAAAUCUUUAUUAUAAUGGAAUAAACAUUAUUGAUUUAGCAAAGAGGAAUAAACCCCAAAUCCACUUUGUGGGAAAUAUUUCAUUUUUUUGUUUGGAGCCACAUGUUAUUCCAGUUACAUUUUUAAAUUCUAAUAGUUAUUUGACCCUUCCUGGUUUAUCACAACAAGACGAAUUAACAACUGGUUUCCAAUUUCGAACUUGGAAUAGAGAAGGCUUACUAUUUUCCACCAAACUUAAUGCUGCAUCUGUUGAUCUUGUUUUGUACAUUGUUGAUGGGAGAAUAAAAAUGAAUGUAUUUAAAAAUGGAAAAAUAUUUUCUGAAAUAUCUACAGGCAUUCAGCUGAAUAAUGGACAAUGGCAUUCUGUCUUCCUUACUGUGAAAAGAAAUCAUGCCAGUCUAACAAUAGAUAAAGAUGCAUCUUUAUCCCUUCAAUCCACGCUACCAAUUCAAAUGUCAUAUCCAGAAAACUUAUAUUUUGGAGGCUGCCCAGAAAAUAGUUCUGAUUUUGGAUGUGUGAACCCUGUAAGAGGUUUUCUUGGAUGUAUGAAAAUGAUUUUAAUUGGUACCAAGUUGAUAGAUCUUACUUCUGUACAGCAGGGAAUGCUGGGUAACUUCAGUGAUUUGCAAAUUGACCUUUGUGGAAUCAUAGACAGAUGUAUGCCCAACUACUGUGAACAUGGAGGGGAAUGCUCACAGUCAUGGAAUGACUUUUACUGCAAUUGUUCAGAUACAGGUUAUAUGGGAGCAACUUGUCAUUACCCUAUUUAUGAGCAGUCAUGUGAAGCAUACAAACACAAAGGUAACAUGUCUGGACACUACUUUAUUGAUCCCGAUGGAAGUGGUCCUCUUGAGCCAUUUAAUGUGUACUGUAAUAUGACAGACACUGCAAUCAUCAUUAUAAAUCAUAACAAUUCAGACUUAAACAAAGUCAGGAGUUCUAAUCGGGAGAAUUCUCAGUUAGUAAAUUUCAACUACUCUACAGAUAUAGAGCAACUUCAGUCUACAAUUACAAAUGCUGAAUAUUGCAGGCAGGAGCUCACCUACCACUGCAAAAAAUCACGGAUUUUAAGUAAAAAGAAUCAUAUGCCUUUCAGCUGGUGGAUUGGACGAACUAAUGAAACACAAACUUACUGGGCCGGUUCUUCACCUGGUGCAAAAAAAUGUACAUGUGGGCCACAAGGAAAUUGCAUUGAUAAAAGGUUUUAUUGUAAUUGUGAUGCUGAAAAAAAUGAAUGGUCAAAUGAUACCGGAUUCCUUUCUAAUAAAGAUCAUCUCCCUGUUAGGCAAAUUGUGAUUACAGAUACUGAUAGAACUAACUCUGAUGCAGCAUAUAAACUUGGUCCUUUGAAAUGCUGGGGAGACAGAAGUUUUUGGAAUGCAGCUGCCUUUGAUACAGUGGCAUCUUACCUUCACUUUCCUACACUCCACGGGGAACUUAGUGCAGAUUUGUCCUUUUUCUUCAAAACAACAUCUCAGUCUGGAUUACUUUUAGAAAAUCUUGGUAUUAAGGAUUUUAUUCGAAUCGAAUUGCACUCUUCAACAGAUGUAGCAUUUUCAUUUGAUGUUGGGAAUGGACCUUUUGAGGUUAUAGUGCAGUCACCAACCCAUUUAAAUGACAACCAGUGGCAUUUCGUAAAAGCUGAAAGAAAUGUAAAAGAAGCUUCUCUUCAAGUGGACAGUUUGCCACAAAAAACAUAUAUUACUCCAUCUGAUGGACAUAUUCGCUUGCAGCUUUACAGUCAACUUUUUAUAGGUGGAACAGCUUCCAGACAAAAAGGGUUUGUUGGAUGUAUACGUUCUUUAAAAAUAAAUGGCCAACCUAUUGACCUGGAAGAGAGAGCUAAAAUGACCCCUGGCAUCAAACCAGGAUGUCCAGGACAUUGCAGCAGCUAUGGAAAUUUAUGUCAUAAUGGUGGAAAAUGUGUAGAGAAACACAAUGGAGUUUCCUGUGAUUGUGAUUUCUCUGCAUAUAUAGGACCAUUUUGCAGAAAAGAAAUGUCAGCAUUUUUUGGACCAGCUUCGUCAAUGACUUAUAAUUUUCAAGAAAAUGACACCAUUUCUAAAAAUUCCAGUAUGCAAAUGUCCUCCAUCUACACAAUCAAGACUACUAGAGAAAAUAUUGCAUUUAGUUUUCGUACCACUCAAAUUCCAAGUUUGCUACUUUUUGUAAGCUCUUUCAAUAAGGAAUAUAUCUCUAUCAUUAUAUCAAAAAAUGGAAGUUUACAAAUUAGGUACAAGCUAGAUAGCCAUCUUGAUCCUGAGGUUUUCAGCAUCAGUUUAAAAAAUUUAGCUGAUGGACAGCUACACAAAGUGAAGAUUUUAAGAAGAGAAGAAAAUAUUUUUGUGGAGGUUGAUCAGUAUUCCUCAGUAAAAUACAUUCUUACUUCAGGUGUAGAAUUCAGCGCAAUUCAGUCCCUUGGGCUUGGUAAACCAUCAGUGGACAAUAUGGAUAUAGAUCAAGAGACCAUGAGGGCUAUAACACAUGGAUUUAUUGGAUGCCUUUCAGCUGUGCAAUUUAACCAUGUUGUUCCACUUAAAGCUCUUUUAUCCCAUGAAAGCUCACAAUUUAUUAUAAUGAGAGGACAAAUUACAGAAUCUAACUGUGGCUCUUUGAAUGCAAUAGACUCAACUUCAAGUGAAACAACUCACUUAUUUGCAGAUCACUUAGGACCAAAAAAUGAUGGGGAACCACUAGAUAAUGCAUUCAAAAAUGAUUCAGCAGUCAUUGGAGGUGUAAUAGCUGUUGUUGUAUUCAUCCUUUUAUGCAUCACUGCUAUAGCAGUUCGAAUUUAUCUGCAAAAGAAUGCAUAUAAAAAAAGUGAAGCCAAAGGAUCAAAAAAUGAGGACAAUGCAGAAACAGCACUGAAAUCUGAGCUCAGUAUGCAAAACACAAUCAACGAUAGUCAAAAAGAAUACUUCUUCUAAGGGUUUUUUUCCCCUUAUUUCCUGGACUUACAGUAUGAAACAAAGACGUUCUUGCUAAGCAAGCGGCACAUGGCAAACAGCAACUUCAGAAUACUGUUCAUGCACUGCAAGCAAAUACCGCGGACUGAAAAUGUAUUAUCUUGCAUAUGAUUACUAGAAAAGGCCUCUAAAAUACAUGCAUUUCUUAGUUUCCAUAAAUGCAUCUUUUCCGUGAAAGUAAUCUCUGUAUUGUACACACUUUUUAUUGUUGGUAGUUUCAGGGUGUACUGAUGUGACUCUCUAAACCUGCGAAGUUACAUAGUUUAAAAAAAAUAAUUGAAAUUACUGGAAAGUUGAAACUUUCUUAAUUCUGUGUAGUCUUAAACAAUUUGUUAAAGGUGAAAGCUGGACUAUUGUAAUCCUGCUUAAAAGAUAUGUUGUGAUUUUUCCAUUGUGAUCUUCAAUGACCCAAAGUAUAAUGGAACAGCUAAAUUUCAUCUUUAAACUA